AAGGCGGCUCUCAGGUGGGGCUGGCUGCGGUGGUCGGGGGUUCCGUUGUCGGCCAGGCCAUGCCCGGGCUCCCUCUUCUGACUUCGUUGCGGGGCAAACGCCUCGUGAUGCCAAUGCAGCAAAGGCAGCCACAGGCCGCCCUGCUCAGAGGCUGCAUGCAGACUGGUGACAAACGUCUCUGCGGACUCUGGGUCUCGGGCAGUACGUGCCUCUUUAAUGAAUUCAGCAGAGUCACAGAGGCCGUCAGGCCAGAACCAAAUUAAGCAAAUCCUAAACGAAAUCAGGGUGCAGUCGAGCAAGAAUGUACGUAAGACAGAAAUAGCAGUUCUUAGCCCUCACGGCCCUCCCUGAGCAGUGGACGGGGCUGGUAGCCGGAAGGGCAACGGGACGUGGCAUGUAGGCGAGUGACAGCGGUGGCGCGGGCCGCUCCCCUGGAGGACGCCAGCCCAGGUUCCCGCCUCCCGUCAAUGCGUCUUCAGUCUGGGGCCUCAGAGACCUGCCAGGCUGGCUUCAGAGGGGGGCCCUCACCUGGAGAGGGCGUGGCCUUUCUCUGGGCCUGGGCUGGGCCUGGGCCUGGUUUGCUGCGGAAUUCAGGCAACACCCUCUCUGCCUCGGUUACUGUCUGCUGUCUAAGGGGUGUAACCGUAGUACCUGCCUGGUGGGGCGUUGGCAAUGGAGUGAGAAUCCGCGAGAAGUACUUGGAACCGUUUCUGGCACAGCAGCGCCGAGCGGGUGGUUGUGUUAUCACUGGGGAUUGUGCUGAGCUGGGGGCCCACUGAGCUGCCCGUGGAGAGGUGGGCCUGCUGCAGAGCCUGCAGGGAAAGCCGAGCACUGGCCUGGCACACCACGGGUUCUCCGGAGACAAGCGCCUGCCGCGAACCGCAUGCACGAGUCUCUCAUGCUCUUCGACUCCAUCUGUAACAACAAGUUCUUCAUCGAUACCUCCAUCAUUCUCUUCCUCAACAAGAAAGAUCUCUUUGGUGAGAAGAUCAAGAAGUCACCUCUGACCAUCUGCUUUCCUGAGUACACAGGCCCCAACACCUAUGAAGAUGCCGCCGCCUACAUCCAAGCACAAUUUGAAAGCAAAAACCGCUCACCCAACAAAGAAAUUUAUUGUCACAUGACUUGUGCCACAGACACGAAUAAUAUCCAGGUGGUAUUCGACGCCGUCACUGACAUCAUCAUUGCCAACAACCUCCGGGGCUGCGGCUUGUACUGACCUCUUGUCCUGUAUAGCAACCUAUUUGACUGCUUCACGGACUCUUUGCUGUUGACGUUGAUCUCCUGGUAGCAUGACCUUUUGGCCUUUGUAAGACACACAGCCUUUCUGUAUCAAGCCCCUGUCUAACCUACAACCCAGAGUGACUGACGGCUGUGUAUUUCUGUAGAAUGCUGUAGAAUCCGGUUUUAGUUGAGUCUUUACAUCUAGAAUUUGAAAGGAAAAGAAGAACAUUUCCCAUGUGCUUUGUAGCUUAAAAAAAAAAAAAAAAGGAAAGGAUAAAGGAAAACUCAGCAUCUCAUCCAUCUUUUUUUCUUUCUGAAAUAAACACCCACAGCUGCACCCAUGCCCACCCCAUCCUACCUGCAGAGGUGCCGCCUGUCCGCACCCGGGGCGCCGGUUCCCGGGAGUGUGCUCAGGCCACGCUUUCCAGACGCGGCCUCACCGUCCACAGCCCUCCCCCCGCCCAGGCCCGAGCCACUCCAACCACACGCUCACUCCAGGUUUGCAUAGAAAAAGCACAGCUCUCACGGGCCAGUAGCUGCCCCAAAAGAAUAUGGAACAUAUAUAUAUAUAUAUAUAUAUAUAUAUAUAAAUAGAGCCCUAUAGGAAACAGUUUCCCCCAGCUCCCUUUCUACAGAGUACCUUUAUCAUUUUUUUUUAGUUUUAGAUUUUGGUUUUAUUUUUGUCCUGAUGAGCACUAUGUAUUACAUACCAGAUCAGCUUUCAUAGUCUUUGGGAACCGGGUUGUGGUUUUUCCCGCUGACAUUCUGCUUCUCCGUCUCUCAGAUGGAUGCUCCCUUUGUGUGCGUGCGCCCCUCCACCUUUUCCUUUGUUUCAGUAACCUGUGUUCGCUCUUUCUCAUGUGGGGAUGUUUGUGCUGCAGAUAAAAACAAAAAUUUUUAAAUACUACAAGAUGGAAAAAACAAAAAAAAAAUUAAAAAGAUGGAAUGUAAUGUUUACAAGAAAGCCACAGUUCUCAUGAUCAGUCCAAUGUCAUUUCUACUUUGACUAGUAUCCAAACUCCUUCACGGUUUCACUUUUAAGACUUAAUAUUUGCUGAAGACCAGUCACAGCCAUUUCAGAUAAAGAGGCAAAAAGACAAAACACAAAAUAUUUAAAAUGCAGGAAAAAAAAAACUUGGGAAAAAAAAUAGCCCACGGGUCUUUCUAAGCCUUUCUAUUCCCAAUCGGUGAGGUUUCUGUGAUAUCUUACACACUGCCAGUCUACUUCUCUGACUAAUGGAAAAUUCAUGUGUAGCUCAAUAAAGAGAAUGUUUGUCUGUA